AUGCAAUUCACUCUAUCUUUCUAUUGCUUCCCUGUCUCAUUCUCUCCAUUCUACUUCAGGCUUGAAACACGCAAGAAGAAGCCUUUUGGCCCCAGGUUGAAUUAUAAUGCAGAAGAAGCAGUGGAAUACCAACUUGAGGCCUUGAAAUACAAUGACAAACCCCGCCCGGAUUAUGGGGUAGAGGUCAUGUACCGGUUUGCAGGCUUUGAUCCAUUUGAAAGGUCAACUUAUUUUGGACGACAGUUUGAUCUUGGGCAGUUCGAACGUUUCCGGCGGAUAUUUCACCAUUCGACUUACAGAGUGCUGCUUGGCCACAAAGAAAGAGAGAUAUUAAGCAGACUAUGGGUCGAAGAGAACCAGUUUAAGCAGAGAGUCUGGGUCCGAGGAGCUCGCCCGGAGGAAGAGGAAAUAUUCCAGUUUACAAUGGUUCAGAGAGUUGGUGGCUCAUGGGAUGGUUACUGGCUAACCGAGAGCUUGACCAACAACGACGGGGACGCAUUCUCAGGCGGGGUUGCUUAUUGA